GCUCUCACCUCUCGCGCUCUAGACGACGCGAACCAUAUAACAGCAGUCUCCAGCGCCGAGCAGCCGCACCCGUGGCAGAAGGUUCUAGAAGGCGACGAACUCGCUAAUGGAGCUCGCGCUGUCCACGCUCCCGUUCGCGCCCUCCAAUCCGUCGCCUUCCCCCCGCGGCCCCUCGGCCGCCGCCGCGGCGUUCUCUCCUCGUGGGGUCCGCUUCCUCGCCGCCGGUAGGAGCGGCGGCCUCCCGCUCGCGUGCGCUGCGCCGCGGCAUCGCGGGCGGGAUCCGAGGCGGCGCCGCGGAGGGGGCCUGGUGGUCUGGGCGUCGGCCGACUAUUACGCGACGCUGGGCGUGCCGCGCUCCGCGAGCAACAAGGACAUCAAAGCCGCGUACCGGAAGCUUGCGCGCCAGUAUCAUCCUGAUGUCAAUAAGGAGCCUGGGGCAACUGAAAAGUUUAAAGAGAUAAGUGGAGCGUAUGAGGUGCUGUCAGAUGAAAAGAAGAGGGCAUUAUAUGACCAAUAUGGUGAAGCUGGGGUUAAGAGUGCGGUUGGAGGCUCGGGUGGAGCUUACACAACUAAUCCAUUUGAUCUGUUUGAGACAUUCUUUGGAGCAAGCAUGGGUGGCUUUUCAGGCAUGGACCAGAGCACAUUCAGGACACGCAGGCGAAGCACUACUGUUCAGGGCGAAGACAUCAGAUAUGAUGUGAUUCUGGGGUUCACAGAGGCGAUAUUUGGAACAGAGAAAGAUAUUAUAUUAUCUCAUUUGGAAACAUGUGAUACAUGUGGUGGUUCUGGAUCAAAGGCUGGCUCCAAGUUGAGAAUAUGUUCCACAUGUGGUGGGCGAGGGCAAGUAAUGCGAACUGAGCAAACACCAUUUGGUCUGUUCUCCCAGGUUUCUAUUUGCCCCACUUGUGCAGGAGAGGGUGAAGUCAUUUCAGAGUAUUGCAGGAAAUGUUCUGGAGAGGGACGAAUUCGUGUCAGGAAGGAGAUCAAAGUAAAAAUUCCUCCGGGGGUUAGUAAAGGUAGUACUCUUCGUGUACGUGGGGAAGGCGAUGCGGGACCAAAAGGAGGGCCUCCUGGAGAUCUUUAUGUUUGUCUCGAUAUAGAGGAACCAUCAGAUAUUAAAAGGGAUGGUAUAAACUUGUAUUCAACCGUGUCAAUAAGCUACGUUGAAGCUAUUUUGGGCACCAUUAAAAAGGUCAGAACUGUUGAUGGAACUAGUGAACUUCGAAUACCUCCAGGCACCCAACCUGGUGAUGUAAUUGUCUUAGCGAAGCAAGGUGUUCCAUCAUUGAAUAAGCCAUCUAUACGUGGUGAUCAUCUAUUCACUGUUAAGGUUACUAUACCCAAACGUAUAAGUGGGCGUGAAAGGGAGUUACUUGAGGAACUUGCAUCUUUGAGUGAUGGUGGUUUUGCUCGUACAGCCCCAAAGCCAAAACCCACCAAGCCAAAAUCCAUACAUCAAGAGAAAGAAGUUGGUGCUAGUCAAGAAAAUACAGAUAAACCUAAUGAAGGAGAGGGUGACUGGUUGAAGAAACUUACAGAUUUUGCAGGGUCCAUUGCCAAUGGUGCCACAAAGUGGCUGAAAGACAACCUGUAGGCUGUAAAUAUUUUCUGCAGGAUACACUAUCUUCAUUUUACCAUCGUGCUGUAGUCAAAUCUGCAAUUCUUCAAUUCAUUGGGAACACCACGAGCUGUUAACAUUCGUUUUGCUGGAGAUGCUUAAGAUUUACAGGCUGUGAAGUGGCAACGGAGAGACUGGGACUUGCCAACUAAUCUAGUUGGCCCAUGCUAUGUUGUCAUUCUUGUAAAGCAAGUUUUUUAUAUGUAGUUGAAGUUAUUAUUUCCAAUUUCCAAGUGCGUGUACGGGCUGCUGAUAUCGAACCCAGAGAAGCCACAACAUUGUAAAUAUAUGUUAAUUCCUGCAAUAGAGCAUCAUGAAAUCUCGGGUUCUGUUGGUGA